AUCUAUAUAACAGAAAUUCGUGAAAGAUAAAAUACGUGUUGCGAGACACAAGCAUCAGUGACAGGACUUGUGAUGGGUGUGUGAGCAAGAUGCUUCCGUCUCUUAAUAUUACUGCAGACGACGAGGGAGGCAGAACUCUGCCUUCCCUGCAUGUUACUCUGCCCUGAGGCAAGCAGGGGCGCGCCUCACAAGAUGGUGGGGGGCGCCGCCCCCACAUCAACCACCAUCGCCAACGUCUUCCAUGCCUGGAAUGAGAUGAUAGAAAAUGAGAACCACAGUCUGCGGGACAGAGUAGCAGACUUGGAGAAGAAGGUGCACGAGCAGACAGAUGAACUCAUGUGUCUGCGCUCCACUCUGGCUGAUGUCUUAAGAAGACUCAACACAAUAGAAGGUGCCACCAGAUUGAGCACCAGCAGGGAGGGACCAGGACGAGCCACACCCACCAAGGAGGGAGGUGGUCGUCUCCGCCACCACAACCACGACACACGGGACCCCAGCAAGCGUGCUACCUUCGGCCCUGGUCGUUCCGUCUCCACUUCCCACAUCAGGCGGGGUGCCCACUACCAAUCCACGUCCAGCUUGUAUUCGGAUGGUCACAGCUCCUCUUCUGUUAGUCCCGCUCCCUCCCCUUCCCCUACCCACGCCCAAACCCAGCCUCACGCCCAGCCCCACGCCCAGCUUCACGCCCAACCCCACGCCCCUACUUCCCACGCCCCAACCAUCCAUGUCAGGCACACAUCACCUUUUGUGUCCCCUGCGCGACCUGCUCAACUAGGGGCGCUCAGCAAGAGAUGGGCGUCAACGAGUGACUUCGCCACGCCAAGUCGUGUCACCCACGCCCAUUCCCCCACGCCCACUAACUCCCAGCUUGCCAGACGUGCCAACAGCGGCUCCAUGCACAACCUGACCAACCUGAGGACAGCCACCUCUCAACUCAACCUCUCCAGGCAUGGAGCCCGUGAAGCACAAUAUAACCCAGAUGAAGGUGUAGUAAAGCUGUAUCUGCGGGGACGACCCCUAUCUCUACUUCCUACAUCUAUUCAAGAAACUUACUCUCCCACCAGCCCUUCAUCCUCACCCCCUUGCCAAACCAAGUUGGAAUGGGUUUAUGGCUAUAGGGGACGAGAUUGUAGAAACAACGUUUUUCAGUUGCCAACUGGGGAGAUUGUUUACUUUGUUGCUGCUGUGGUUGUCCUCUAUAAUGUGGAAGACCAGAUGCAGCGACAUUAUCUUGGUCAUACUGAUGACAUUAAAUGCCUGGCAGUACAUCCUAACAAGCUACUUAUUGCAACUGGGCAGACUGCAGGACAUGAUCGUCGAGAUGCCAGAUCAUGGCGGCUCAACCCUCCAGCGGACCACUUGAGCCCGGAGGCCGAGGAGUGGCCUCACAUUCGCAUCUGGGACAGCGUCAGUCUUAACACCCUUCACAUCAUUGGAAUCAGUGAUAUUGAACGCUCUGUAGCAUGUCUGGCCUUCUCCAAAGCGGAUGGAGGGAGUCUGUUGGUGGCUGUAGAUGAAGCCCCAGACCACAACAUGUCUGUCUGGGACUGGUCUCGAGGAGAACGUGGCUACAAACUACUGGAAACUAAGUGCUCAGCUGACCAGGUGUUGGCUGUGGACUUUUCUCCUGUUGACCGCAGCACUAUUAUCACUUGUGGAAAGAACCACAUUUCCUUUUGGAGUUAUGAUAGUGGUAUGCUGGCCAAACGUCUGGGGAUCUUUGAGAACCGUGAGCGUCCCAAAUAUGUUACUUCCAUAUCCUUCACAGAUGCUGGCAAUGUCAUUUCUGGUGACUCAAAUGGGAAUCUUCUGAUUUGGCAAAGAGGUGGCAAUACAGUUUACAAGAUGGUACGUGGGGCCCAUGAUGGACCAGUGUUUUCCAUCUUGGUACAGAAGGAUGGAGCCAUUAUCACAGGAGGAAAGGAUGGCCAAAUUGUAGAGUGGGAUAGGGACCUGGAGCGCACAGGCAAUACGAUUGAGAUCCCAGAGCAAUAUGGGUCACCUCGUGUAGUGACGUCAGGCCGGGGAACACAGCUGGUGGUGGGCACCACUCGUAACUGUGUUUUGGAAGGAACAUUUACUUUCCCAAUGCGGCCCGUUAUGCAGGGACACACAGAGGAGCUGUGGGCCCUAGCUCCACACCCUGGCCAUCACCAGUUUUUGACUGCUGGAUAUGAUCGUAUUUGCUACUUGUGGGACACUAUGGCACAUACUAUUGUCUGGAGCAAGGACAUUGGUGAGCAUGCCCAGUCUGCUGCCUACUCCAACAAUGGUGAGAUUAUAAUAGUUGGCACAACAAGUGGCCGAUGGUUUGUCAUGGAUGCUGAGACACGUGAGAUGUACUCCCAGCAUCAGGAUGGAAAUGAACCCAUCCAGGUUUUGAAGUUCUCGCCAAAUGGACAAUACCUUGCGGCAGGUUCUCGAGAUAACAACAUCUAUGUCUAUCAAGUCUCCGAAGAUUGCCGCAAGUACACAAGAAUUGGCAGAUGCCAGGGUCAUUCAAGUUUUGUGACUCACUUGGAUUGGUCAGCUGAUAGCCAGUUCCUUCAAUCAAACUCAGGAGACUAUGAGCUGCUCUUCUGGAAUGCUGGGCUGUGUCGCCAAGUUGUACAGACAUCACAGAUGCGCGAUGUGGAGUGGGCAAGUAGCACCUGCACGCUCACAUUUGCCACUCUGGGUAUUUGGCCUGAAGGUGCUGAUGGCACUGAUGUAAACACCUGUGUUAAGGCUAACUUCUCAGCUGUCUUGGCUACAGGGGAUGACUUUGGAAAAGUGAAAUUAUUUAGUAGCCCAGCAUGUCACCAGAAGGCACGAUGUCUGGAGUAUGGCGGUCACAGCAGUCAUGUGACAGCUAUUGGCUUCCUUCAUGAUGACUCCAGACUCAUCUCUACUGGUGGAAGAGACACAGCUGUAAUGCAAUGGGUAGUGUCUGCUACCUCUUCCUCCUCCUCCUCCUCCUCACAACACUGAAGAGAACAGGAGAAACUAGGAAGAUGAAGGAAAAGUGAUUCUUGCAAAGCAAGAGUUCAAAGAUUUUUAUAUAAUUCACAUGAUAAAGUGAUUAUUUUUGAAGAUGGAUGAACAAUGUUCAAUUUUUUCUAUACAUGGUUGUAAAUAGUGAUGUGUUAGAUGGCAGAGCAAGUAUUAGUUUUUUGAAAUAAAGUAAUAUUUUUUAUUAAUGUUGAAUAGACUGUUUUUAAAGAGGAAAUGGCCCUUUGGUUUGAGGAAAAACAAUAUUUUAAAUUUAUGGAUAUAAUGUUUAAAUAUUAAAAUUUCUAGUUUCUGUAUAGGAUCAAUGUGUGGUGCAGAUUGGUUAUAUGGUUGUGAAUAUGAUUUGGUAUUGUAUAUUUGAGCAAGGUUAAAGCAAGAUCACCAUUCUGGAAAGCUAAAAAAAACAAAAUACCUUUGAAUAUACUAUUGUAUUUUUUGAAAUAUAAAUUUAAUCAUCAGUUUAGCAUACAUUGUUAGUGAUUUAGUCUUCCUAAUUAUUAAGGGGUACAUAAAUAAAGGGAUAUAGAGAAGCAUAAAUGAGUACAAUACUGGCAAAUAGUUAUGAUUUGAUGAUUAAGUUUUAACUUAGUGGUUGGAGGAAAUUACAAAAAAUCUGCAAAUUGUUAAUGAAAAUGGGACUAUUUCUGUCUUGUAUCAUUAAUAGAUCACAACUGAUAAUGGUCAAGGAUGGAUGGAAAUAGGGUUCACUUUUUAUUUCCAUUUAGAAGCUUGCCCUGUUAUUUAUUUUAGUUAAUUUCACUUGAAUAAUUGUCUAUUCUGUGAUUUUAUACAUCUAAAUUAAUACUUCAUGAAUUAUUUAUGCAGCAUGAUGACAUUAUAGUCACAUUUUAUAUAUCUAGGAUAUGUAAUGCUUUUUUUUUUUUUUUUUUUUUUCUUUUUUUUUUUUUUUUUACAAUAUUUCAAUAUAUUUGUUAGUGAAAACAUUCUUUAUUUAGAUAUAGCCUUUGCUCUUACUAAAAUAUCUCACUUUAGAGAGUUACCAUUACAGAAGUCUGAAACUGCAUGUACUUUAUUUACUGAGUGAAUGAACAGAUAACGUGGCCCUGCAACCCCAUCAGAGAGAUGUGUGCUUCCCUAAGUAGCUACAAGUUGUACCAAUUAUAUCACAUUCUUUUUAGAAUAAAAUAUAAUUGAAAUUAUAUAAUUGGCUUCUUAUAAAUUGUAGCAUUCCUAUUGAUAUACUGUACAGUUUAGACAAGUUGUAGCAUAGGAUUGUAUUCACGAUUUUAUAUUAGUGCUAAAAUUUUUUUUUUUUUUUUUUUUUUUUUUUUUUUGCUCUAGAUUCAUUAACCCUUAUUGAUAUAUGUGGAUAUAGAUUAUGUAGUUUACCUGUCUGCAUAGUCAUUACAAUCACUUGUAUUGCUAUAGUACUUCAUUUAUGGGUACUCAGCGGAUAGAAAGUGGAUGAAACAAGUUUUGUAUCUCCAUGAAGUAAUUUUUUUAAUGAAAAUUAGUUUUGUAAUAUAAACUACAUUUUUAAAUACCCAUGAAAGUCAUUUUCAUAAUUUUUUAAUGUAGAAGAAAAAUGCCAUUUUAAAAAUUAAAAUUUCUUUUCAGAUAAAUGCUUUAUGAUAUUUAGUAUUUGUCCACUUUCAAUUUUUAUUUUUUUAAAUGAAUUGGCUGUAAUUGCUCACCAAGCAGAACACAGUUUAUAUAUAAAUCUUUUUAGUAGAUUAAGGAGUUCAAAAUAUCUUAGUUGUUUUAUUCCUUAACAGCCUUAUGACUGCACAACAUUUUCAAGGAAUUUCAGCACUACAGUGUAAAUUUAUCGGUAUAUUUAAGUUAAUCUUGUAAAUAUUACACCUUUUCCCAUCAACCAAAGUUUGAAAUAAAUCUUUAACUUGGAA